UUUUAUGGAUCACCCUUUUCGUUCUUGCAGCUUUUUUCCAGAAGUAGACGUUUGGACUUGGUUGGUUUGGUGGAGAGGACCUUUUCCAUGAUGGGAGGAAGGAUUACCCUUAAAGACAAUCACUAAAUUGAACUUUGAAUGAUUGCCAUCUAAAGAACAUCCUGUACGUCUGCCUUGCAUCCCUUCUGUAAAUGAUACGACCAUGAGGGCGCGACACUGGCCAAACGGAGUGGAUUACAAACUGGUGAACCCACUGCACUGUUCCAGGUUUGCAGUCCGGAUGGGGUGUUGAACCAUGUGGUCCACUGAGAGCAUGGAGCCGGAGAAAGCACACACCCAGAGCAGCUUCUUCAGCAAAGUGGAUGUGCCUGACCAUGCUCACUACAUUGUCGCCCUGUUCAUCUUCGUCAUCGGGACACUGGGCAUCGCUGGUAACGCGCUGGUUAUGUUCGCCUUCUACAGUAACAAGAAGCUUCGCAACCUCCCAAACUACUUCAUUGUGAACUUGGCGGUUAGUGACUUCCUCAUGGCUUUCACGCAGUCGCCCAUCUUCUUCAUCAACUGUCUCUACAAGGAAUGGGUGUUUGGAGAGAUGGGAUGUAAGCUAUACGCGUUCUGCGGCGCCCUGUUCGGCAUCACCUCCAUGAUAAACCUUCUGGCCAUCUCUAUCGACCGCUAUGUUGUUAUCACCAAACCUCUGCAGGCCAUUCACUGGAGCUCCAAAAGAAGGACCACUCUGGCCAUCCUCAUGGUCUGGCUCUACUCUUUGGCUUGGAGUCUUGCUCCUCUAGUCGGCUGGAGCUCCUAUAUCCCCGAAGGCCUGAUGACAUCAUGUACAUGGGAUUAUGUCACGUACACAUUGGCCAAUAGGAGCUACACGAUGAUGCUGUGCUGUUUUGUUUUCUUCAUUCCACUGGGAAUCAUCUUUUACUGCUAUCUGUUCAUGUUUCUGGCUAUACGGAAGACUAGCAGGGAAGUGGAACGUCUGGGGACUCAGGUGAGGAAAUCCACCCUGAUCCAGCAGAAGUCCAUCAGGAGCGAGUGGAAGUUGGCAAAGAUCGCCUUCGUUGUCAUUGUGGUUUAUGUCCUCUCCUGGUCACCGUACGCCUGUGUCACGCUGAUCUCCUGGGCUGGGUACUCCAACAUCCUGUCGCCGUACUCCAAGGCUGUCCCUGCAAUCAUAGCAAAAGCCUCCACCAUCUACAACCCUUUCAUCUACGCCAUCAUCCACAACAAGUACAGGAUGACUCUGGCGGAGAAUAUCCCCUGCCUUCGCUUUCUGUCUCCGGCUCCACGAAAGGAAUGCAUCUCCUCCUCCAUCAGUGAGUCGUCUUUCAGGGACUCCAUCAUCAGCAGACAGUCCACGGCAUCAAGGACUCACUUCAUUACAGCUUCCAGUGAUAUGGUAUUUAAGGACGUAGAGAUGGAACCUCUGGGCAGGAAGUCAGGUGAUUCCUUCAAAAGCAUGUCGUCCUCCAGUCAGUCUUCCAGAGGUAUGUCCCGAAAGACACGUUUGGAGCGGAGGACUGCCAAGACCCGUACGGCAGAGAAGCAUCCAUCUGCCAUGAAUGAAUCCCCAUGCGCCUGUGAGAAUGAACUGGUCUCCAGCUCUCUCACCAUCGCCACUCUCCCCUUGCUAGUUCUUACCAGGAAGCGCAGCCAGAGUCUGACCACUGAGAUUUCAGAUGCGCGGGAGAAGACAGGCAGCAUCAGUAAUAAGCUGAGCGGCCACAGGAGCGACUCUUUUGAUUCCCUGAACUUUGGAAAGAUCCCAUCCGCCGAUUCCCGGUUGCCUCAGGGUGUGCCGCGCAUAAUCGUCAUCAGUCCCACGUCUGAAAGCAGCCUCAUCAGCCACGACAGCGUCUGCUUGGAGGAGAGUGUUGAUUCGAUGGAGAACAAUGUUUUUGUCAGCCUGAACUUCUCAUCAGAAGUCUUUGAAGCAGUGGAGCUGCUCUCUUGACCAGCUGGACCUGCUGGACAGUAAUAAUACUCACUGAAUAUUAUUUAUUAUACCGUCGGACCACAGAGCACCACACACUCUUCUCUACAGGCCCAGACUGGUUUUGGAUAUAGAACUUUAUGUUAAAAGUCAUGCCACUCUGCUGCUUUAGAAAACUUGAGUGCAGAAGAAAAGUUGGUGUGGCAAAUGAAACAACAUGACCUGGUUUUGGUAUGCUGUUUGUCAGACUCUGGCGGGGACAAAGAUGCCCCAAGGGGGGAGCAUGAGCUGCAGCAUAUUUUUGUUAGAUCCUGAACAAAAAGAAAUGUCAAGUGCAGCAACAUAUUUUUCAUGAGCGUGGGGCCCAUCCUUGACAGGCUGGAUUCUUAGUUUAGCUGGCUCAAGUCCAUGAAACUGUGACGUUGACGUUUGGGCCAAACUGUUUAAGCUCAUUUACACGAAAACUUCAUGGAUUCUCUGUUGGAGACCGAAGAAACGACUGCAAUUAGAUCAGUUUAGUUUGGGGUUAAUGCUCUUCUGCCUUCUUUAAAAGUUGACAUGUAAAAAAACAAACAAAAAAAAAAACAACAACUUGACAACAGGUAAAUAAUAUUAAAGGAAAAGUUCACCCCAAAAUUAAAAUGCAGUUAUCUACCCAUCCUCAUGCAAAUGGAAAGUGGGGUGAAAUUUCAUAUUCCACAAAACCUUUCCUAAGUUUCACUGCAAAACACCUCUGCAGCAUUCGUCUAAACAACUGAAGUAGAUGGGGACUUGUUUUAAAACAGCUGAUCAAGCUCCCUGGAAGCCCAGAGAUGCUAAAUUGAUUUUAAAAGACAUCAUUUCUGCUGCUUUUUGAUCCAAAAGCUUUACUGUACUGUAGAUGCUAUGCUAAUCUGUUUGGGAUCUCGCAGCUUCAGGAGACAUUUUUAUUUCUUUUUGUUUGUUUGCCUUUUAAAAUAAGUCCCCAUCUACUUUAGUUGUUCAGAAGAAUGCUGAAACACUGUCUUGCAAACUACAAAAUGUGAGUAGCUAAUGACUCAAUUUAGAUUUUGGGGGAACUUAACUUCCCUUCACAUAUCUCAAAAUGGCAAAAAAGAAGCAAGAUUUGAAUCUUAAUGUCACACACAAAAAAAAAAAAAUUGGGUCAAAAGCAAAGCGAUAACUUAAGGUUGAGAGGAUGUGCAUAAAGUAUAUUCUGUACAUUAUAUUCUCGUCUUGUGGUAGUAGCUCCUUUAGGCAGUGUGGACCUCCCCGGACAGUGCUGUAAUGAAAAGGAGAGACAUGGUCAAGUGUGUCUCAAUGAACACAAUGGACAUUUUUUUUUACAUUUCCUCUGUGGUGACUUUUGCUCAGUAUGUUGACAAAGUGCUUCGUCCCCCUCCAGCUGUUCCUGUUUGCAUAAAAAAAAAAAAAAGAAGACUUAUUGUUCUAUUUUUGUUGCUUGUGAAUACUACAGUGUUGUUGCCUGUGAUCUGAGUGAGUGUGUGUGCACAUAGACCAAAGAUGUUAACUACAGACUGAGGGGUGUGUUUUUUUUUGUUUGUUUUGUUUUGUUCAGAUGGUGAAUUUAUUGCACUUUUCCAAAAAAAACAAAAACAAAAAAAAAACCCUGACGUAUAACAGAAUCCCUCCAGUCAAUGAAUGGAAACUCUUCUUGUUGCUAAGUGGUUAAUUGUGGCAUCCUGACUUCAUCCAAAUUUGGUGUAAUGUCUGUAUCAUUUGUGUUUUAACAUUUGAUACUCUAUUGGAUUUUAACAAUAUGGAGUGAUAAUGAUGAGGAACUGUUGGUGUGGCACUAUUUCAUGUUGCUUCAUUUGCUGAUUAAACAUUGUGAAUUUAC